AUGCGACAUCCGUUCGGGACUCUAACGAUAGUUCGGGACUCUAACGAUAUCCAAAUUGAGAUCCGAGCACACCUACGCGCUCAUGACAACCUGAGGAUCCCAUUGGGACAAAAAUGCCCCUCACUACAGUGCCCACGCGCCGCCACAUGCGCCGGCAGCGCGUGGGUGUCCAAAGCGAUAACCCAUCGCCGGGAAAACCACAAAUCACGGCUCAAGACUCCUACCCUAGGUAAAACACCCUAUUUGGAGUCACUUUUGUUCUUGGGCAUACCCCAAAAACUGACCGGAAGUGGCCGGAAUCUCCCCUCGAAAUCCGGCCGAAAUCCAAUUCGAAGAUCAGACAUCCUACGCUCAAAAUCGAUGCAAUCAUACCCAACAGGCAGCUAG